CUGUUAUUGUCGCUAGCUUACAUUUUAUACGUGGUGACUCAAGACCCCAGUGUUUGGUUUUUCGUUGUUUCGUUCUCAAGCGUGCUUGGCCUGAACGGGCUUGGUAACACACACAUCUACAGCUGCUGUAGUUUCGACUGUCUUGCACAUCGAAAAUGGUGAAGCAAGCUGUGAAGGUCUUCGUGAGGACGCGUCCCACAGCGACCAGUGGGAGCGGCCUAAAGCUUGGACCGGACGGGCAAAGCGUAUCGGUGAAUGUUCCAAAGGAUCUGUCUGCGGGUCCAGUGAACAAUCAGCAGGAGCAGUUCUCCUUCAAGUUUGACGGCGUGUUGGAGAAUGUGAGCCAGGAGGCAGCGUACACGACUCUGGCGCAUGAGGUGGUGGACAGCCUCAUGGCCGGAUACAACGGAACUAUCUUCGCGUACGGCCAGACGGGUGCUGGUAAGACGUUCACGAUGUCCGGCGGCGGCACGGCGUAUGCGCAUCGCGGCCUCAUCCCCCGCGCUAUCCACCACGUGUUCCGGGAGGUAGACAUGCGAGCGGACAAGAUGUACCGCGUUCAUGUGUCGUACCUCGAGAUUUACAACGAGCAACUGUACGACCUGCUGGGAGACACACCCGGGACCAGCGACGCGCUGGCAGUGCUGGAGGAUUCAAACAGCAAUACAUACGUCCGCGGCCUGACGCUGGUGCCGGUGCGCAGCGAGGAGGAGGCGCUGGCGCAGUUCUUCCUGGGCGAGCAGGGCCGCACCACUGCCGGACACGUGCUCAACGCGGAGAGCAGCCGCUCGCACACGGUGUUCACUAUUCACGUGGAGAUGCGCACCAGUGAUGCCGCCAGCGAGCGUGCUGUCCUCUCCAAGCUGAACCUGGUGGACCUGGCCGGCAGCGAGCGCACCAAGAAGACCGGCGUGACCGGCCAGACGCUGAAGGAGGCGCAGUUCAUCAACCGCUCGCUGUCCUUCCUGGAGCAGACCGUCAAUGCGCUCAGCCGCAAGGACACAUACGUGCCGUUCCGCCAGACCAAGCUGACGGCGGUGCUGCGGGACGCGCUGGGCGGCAACUGCAAGACGGUCAUGGUGGCCAACAUCUGGGCCGAGCCGAGCCACAAUGAGGAGACCCUGAGCACGCUGCGCUUCGCAUCGCGCGUGCGCACGCUGACCACCGACCUGGCGCUGAAUGAGAGCAACGACCCGGCGCUGUUACUGCGGCGGUAUGAGCGCCAGAUCAAGGAGCUAAAGGCGGAGCUGGCUAUGCGGGACACACUCAGCGGCAAGGGCCGUGUGUCGUACGACGACUUGACUGAUGACGAGCUGCGCGAGCUGCACGCCACCUGCCGCCGCUUCCUGCACGGCGAGGCGGAGCCGGAGGACCUGCCGGCCGACUCCAUGAAGCGUGUGCGGGAGACGUUCAAGGCACUGCGGGCGGUGCACGUCGCCAUCAAGGCCGACAUGGCCACCCAGAUGGCCACAUUGCGCCGGGCCACGGAGGAGGGCAGCGGAGCGGCUGCUCGCGGCGGUGACUCGGCCGGCCCCAGCGGUGUGGGCGAUGUGGACCUGCGCGCCACCGGAGGCUUCACGGUGGGGCACGCACCGCUGGACGCGCGGCCGCCCGUGCGCUCCGAGCUGGGCUCCCCAGGGGCCGGUGCCAGCGGUGCAGAGGCACUGGGUGAGCCGCGCUCCCCCGGCGGCGGCCUGCAUGCCCAGGCCAGCUCUCACACGGACGCCGGCAGCAACUGGGGCGAUGCAGGGCCGCUGAGCAGUCCCGGCGGUACUCGGCUGGCGGGCAUCUUCGGUGUGUCUGGCGAUCGCAAUGCCGUUUUCCGACGCUACAAGGUGGAUGUGGGCGAGGGCCGCGAGCUGGCGGCGUCGCUCAAGGCCGCCAGCAUCGCCCUGGCCGAUACCAAGGCCUCCAUCCGCAGCCUGGGGGCCUCCGUCAACGACGCCAAGCAGCGCAUUGACGAGCUGAGCUCGGCGCUGGCACUGCGGCGCGGCGCCACUCCGGCAGGCGGUGACGGCGAGGUGCUGGACAGCGAGGCGUACGCACUGAUGCAGGAGCUGAAGUCCGCCAAGAGCCGCUACCGCACUGACUUCGACUCGCUCAAGUCUGCGCGCGAGGAGCUUGAGCCGCAAAUCCAGGCAGUGGCGGUGGCACGGGCGGGCCUGCUGGAAGCGUUCGACCGCUGGGCGGCAGCGCAGAGCGACACCACACUCAAGCGCAUGGCCACGGCUGGCCGGGCAAUGUCGGGUAUUGCUCCCGGCGAGGAAGACGAGAUGGAUGCUGGGGAACAGUUCGAACGCAUGCAGAUCGCGCGCAUUAGCGAACGCGACCCCGACUCGCUAGCCUUCCACACGGCCCUGAAGCGCACCGGUGCCGCCGUGUCGCGGCCAGCUACGGUGGCCACGGGCGGCAACGCCAAGGCGGCGGCGAUGGCCACUCGUAAGAUGGAGCACACGCAGGCCGUCAACCGAGGCCUGGCGCGGUGAUGCAGCGGGGCCUGCGCCGGUUGUGCAGGGUGUCGCCUGCGUGACACAUCAGUGUUUUGACAGUAGGAAGCUCGUGAGCGUGUGCGUGAAGCAUGUGUGCGCACGGGGACUGGGCUGUCGUCGGAAUGAGUUGACGGGGUUGCUGACGUGGGCAAACUGACAAACAGUGAUUAUGUGGCGUCAGUUACUAUGUUGCCCCAGUCCCGUGGGGGUGUCGGGCAUCGGGGACUUGUUAACUGUGCCAGAGGUUCAAGGGAAUGUGUGGAAUGUGAAAACGGAUGGCGUGGCUGAUAGAGGUUACAUGUGGGACGACAGCCGUGGACUAAGCCAGGGCCCCAAAAACGUACCAGACACGCACGCUUUCCUGCCCCUUGCCAUGUUCCAUCACGAGC